CCCUGCUCCCCUUUCCCCCUGCAGCGCGGUGGCCAUCUAGCUCCAGCGGUCGGCGGAGCGGGCGCGCGCCGGGGUCGCGCGGCUGCCGAAGGGGGGCGGGCGCGCGCAGGAGGAGUAGAGGCGUAGGGGGGCGGGGGACGGCUCGCUUGCUCGCAAGAUGGCGGACGAGGACGGGGAAGGGAUUCACCCCUCAGCCCCUCACCGGAAUGGAGGCGGCGGCGGGGGGUCUGGGCUCCACUGCGCCGGGAACGGCGGCGGGGGAGGCGGCGGCCCGCGGGUCGUGCGCAUCGUCAAGUCCGAGUCGGGCUACGGCUUCAACGUGCGGGGCCAAGUGAGCGAGGGCGGGCAACUGCGGAGCAUCAACGGGGAGCUGUACGCGCCGCUGCAGCAUGUGAGCGCCGUGCUGCCCGGGGGGGCGGCCGACCGCGCCGGGGUGCGCAAGGGGGACCGCAUCCUGGAGGUGAACGGCGUGAAUGUUGAGGGGGCGACACACAAGCAGGUGGUGGACCUGAUCCGAGCGGGAGAGAAGGAAUUGAUCUUGACAGUGCUGUCUGUACCUCCUCAUGAGGCUGACAACCUAGAUCCCAGUGACGACUCCUUGGGACAGUCAUUUUAUGAUUACACAGAAAAGCAAGCAGUGCCCAUAUCGGUCCCCACAUACAAACAUGUGGAGCAGAAUGGUGAGAAGUUUGUGGUGUACAACGUUUACAUGGCAGGGCGGCAGCUGUGUUCGAAGCGGUACCGGGAAUUUGCCAUCCUGCACCAAAACCUAAAAAGAGAGUUUGCCAACUUUACAUUUCCUCGACUUCCAGGAAAGUGGCCAUUCUCAUUAUCAGAACAACAGCUUGAUGCCCGGCGUCGGGGACUGGAAGAAUAUCUAGAAAAGGUGUGUUCCAUCCGAGUCAUUGGUGAGAGCGACAUCAUGCAGGAGUUCCUGUCAGAAUCUGAUGAGAAUUACAAUGGUGUGUCCGAUGUAGAGCUGAGAGUAGCAUUACCAGAUGGAACAACAGUUACUGUCAGAGUUAAAAAGAACAGUACUACAGACCAAGUAUACCAGGCUAUUGCAGCAAAGGUUGGCAUGGACAGUACAACAGUGAAUUACUUUGCCUUAUUUGAAGUGAUCAAUCAUUCCUUUGUACGUAAGCUGGCACCUAACGAAUUUCCUCAUAAACUCUACGUCCAGAAUUAUACGUCUGCUGUACCAGGCACCUGCCUGACCGUUCGCAAGUGGCUCUUUACAACAGAAGAAGAAAUCCUCUUAAAUGACAAUGACCUUGCUGUUACGUACUUCUUUCAUCAGGCUGUGGAUGAUGUAAAGAAAGGUUACAUUAAAGCAGAGGAGAAGUCUUACCAGUUACAGAAGCUAUAUGAACAAAGGAAAAUGGUCAUGUACCUGAACAUGCUGAGGACUUGUGAGGGCUACAACGAGAUCAUCUUCCCACACUGUGCCUGUGACUCCAGGAGGAAGGGGCAUGUUAUCACGGCCAUCAGCAUCACGCACUUCAAACUUCAUGCCUGUACUGAGGAAGGACAGCUGGAGAACCAGGUAAUAGCGUUUGAAUGGGAUGAGAUGCAGCGAUGGGACACAGAUGAAGAAGGAAUGGCCUUCUGUUUUGAAUAUGCACGAGGAGAGAAGAAGCCUCGAUGGGUUAAAAUCUUCACACCAUAUUUCAAUUACAUGCAUGAAUGCUUUGAGAGGGUGUUCUGCGAGCUCAAGUGGAGAAAAGAGAAUAUUUUCCAGAUGACGAGGUCACAGCAGAGGGAUGUGGCCACCUAGCCUUGCCUCAUCCCUUCCCUUCUCCUUGUCCUCAUCCUCUUAGCCUUUUGUCUCCCAUGCCAGACAGUAACCAUUAACACAAAAGAAGAAAAAAAGUCAUAUAUCCCAAAGUCCUAAGCUAAAUAUUAUUAAUACUUCCCUGUGAAUUUCACGUCUCUGAAACUGAGCUGGUAGAGAAGAGCAGGUUGAUAGUGCCAGAAGUCCACUGAGAUCAGACAGAAAUAAGGCCAACCAACUCGCCAAAGGCAUCUUGGUCGUUUUCCGGGCCUCAUACCAACAGACUCUCCUUGUACUAUAUUUUUAAAACUGGAACUAUGAACUCCAUCCAUUUGCACUGUUCAAGCAUAUAUAUGUAUGUAUGUAAAAAAUUAUAUAUACACAAAUUAGCUGCACGUAUAUACAUAUAUAUUUCUUUUUAAAUUUCAUAUUGAUGGCAGUACCUUUUUUAGCUUGUGUUUUUACACACCUUCACUGAUUCAUGAUCUCUCUCUUGCUCUCUUUAUUUUGAAACAAACUUUAAAAAGGAAAAAAAAAAUUACAGGGAAAAUACCUCUCCUCAUGAAGGACUCGAAAAGUUUACAACCUGCUUGGGUUUCCCCCUUUUUUGUAUCGAGUACAGUUUCUGGCUGUUGGUUUGCCAGAGAGUCUGAGGAGCAAGGGGUGUAGUGUCUUUAUCUUCAAGAGGGUGCUGAGAGGGGAAAGGCUGUUUCUCAAGAGCAGUGAGACUGCACGUCUGCAGGGACUCUAAAGAUCCAUGGUCUCAGUUCCAAGUCAUCUUCCUGGUCUGUCGCCCCCACUAUGGCUCACUAGUCCAUUCUGCAUCUCCUUCCUGUUUCUUUAGGGCCCAAAACAGAGUUGAGGGUAGUCUCAGGAAGCUGUUCUCAUAGGCAGCUCUUCUUCUGCGACAGGGAUAGUAUUGGAGACUGGGAGUGAAGCUUGACAUCGGAGGCACAAAGGUUGGACGUGUGGAGGGAAGGAAGGAGGCAGUACCUCAUAUCUAUAAGGGUUUUACCUCCUCCGUUCCUGUCCCAUAACCACCUAUAUUUUACAUCCUCCAAGACUUCCUGAAACAGUUGUCUGGGGAGGGAGUGACUUGGGUAAACUUAGAGUCUGAGUCUCUGUCAACCAAACCAUAGCCCUACUCAUGCCAGCUAAGGGCCCAGGAAGAAGUGGAAAUAUGCUUGAUGUUGGUUGAUUCCGCUUUCUACUUCAAAGGGGACUGGAGAGAAGUCUCUCAAAGAGUUCUUCAUCUGGGGCUGGGGCUGGGGCUGGGGCUGGGCCUCAAUCGGUAGAGUGCUUGCUAGUAUGCAUAAAGCCCUAGGUUCCAUUCCCAGCACCACAUAAACCUGGGUGUGGCAGUGCACACCUGUAAUCUCAGCACUUAGGAAGGGAGAACAGCAAGGUCAGAAGUUCAAGCCCAUCCUCUGCUAAAAUGUGAGCUCAAGGCUAUCCUGGAUUCCAUGAGACUCUGUCUCAGAAGUAGAAGAGGUUCUUAUCUGCCCUUGCAUUUAGACUUCCUAGGACCUAAGAACUACGUUUGGGACACAGGCCAGGGCUGGCACUAGGGUAAUAUUCUCAGACCUUGAGUUCCUGCUUCCCUGUUUUACCUUCCAAAUAGAAGCCUCCAUAGGCUGGCAUCCUUGGCUUUAUGUAGCUGGAAGGCAGCCAGAAUUGGGUGUAGUUGGCAGUGUUGGGUUUGGUUUAAAGUUUCUUUCAUACUGAUUUUGCAGAUUACUAUGAGGCCACUUUUCUGUCUCUAUAAUUCUGGUAGCCACUUGUCUCAGGAAGGUGUGAACCUUUUAGGACAGCCUAUUCCUUCCCUCUCUGUGGGACCACAAAGUAUAAAAUAUAAGAAUGGGGAGUGUUUAAAGUUGAAGAAGAUAAUACUUGUUUUGAAGGCUUUAAUCCAGGAUCAACUCUUUGGGCUUUAAUAAUGUCUGAGUACCUUAAAAGUAGAUGCAUUGAUUUCUACUCCAAGAUGCUUUGGAGGCCAUCUUUGUUUAAACUCUAAAAAUAGCAACAAUGUGCCCCUGUUCCCUCAGCGGGAGAGGCAUGAAGGAGUCUAAUGACAGCCUUCAGAGUAGAGACAGGGCUUUCUGGAGGUCCCGAAGAAUGAGCCCCAAAGGUGUUGGCCUGUUAACAGAAUCUGUGUAGAAGCAGAGCUGCCUUGAGGCAGUUUCACAGCUGCAGCCAGGAGAUGGGAAGGAGACCCAUAAGGCUCAUAGUGGGGCUCCAGUCAUGGAGGCCCAGAGGAUCAAGCCCCUUUGCAUGAAGCUGCAUUAGAUGUAACUCUACUCCACCCCAUCUCCCCUGCACUUCCUUUCUCCAAUGCCUACUAUGUUUCUUAGUCCUGGCUUCUGCCCAGGGUGGCAUCUACCCAGUCUUCUUUUGCAGCUUAUCUCUGAGAAAGGGAAUCCCCCUCCCCAGCUUCACCCCAGCAGGAUCUUCCUGGUCUCCCAUUGUUUCUUCCAUGUUGAGUUUCUAUUCUCUGAGACAAAAAUUCAAGAGAUUUUUUUAUGGACCCUGAGAAACUUGGCCCUGUAGGAAGCUUUGCUUGGGUAGUGCUUUGAGCUUGCCGCUCUUUGUACUUUUAUCCUGGUCUCCAUUUUCCUGCCCUCCCCAUGCUGAGGCCUAAGCUCAGCACAGCUGCAGAUAUAUUAGUGCUCAGGGCAGCUCCGAGGCCUGGACAGAGCUCUCAGGGAGGAACGAGGUCAGUAUCCCAGCAUCCUCUUGCCUGCCCGUUUAGUUUUAUCCUUUAGUUUCCGGGGCCAUUAGCUUUGAGUUAUCCCCUUCUAUAACUCCAAAGCCAGUGCUUGGAGCAGCAGAGUAGGGCACUGAUAAGAGGGGACACCUCUUUCAUCUCAGAAUUUCCAGCUUAAGGGCCAGCUCCUAGAAAGCAGUUUUCUUAAAGGGACCUGAAUGCAUAUGAGUUGACCUCAAGUCUCCAGGACGGGAGGGUCUCCCUGCUCUCCUGUCCAUUAUGCUGUCUGGGGCAGGGAAUGGCCUCAGCACACUGCUGCUCCUUCACCAGUUUUAUGGGUUACUUUAACUUCUUUUUGGAGGAGGGAGAGUGUCUAAAUACUCAGAGCUAGUGGGAGGCUAGUAGGAGAAUGCCUCUUUAGCCCUCCACCUUGGGUUCCUCUUAAUCUAACCCUGAUUGCAUCUGCCAGGCCUCCUUUACCUAGACAGCAGCAGCUUCCUCAGAAGUAACUGAGGGUGUAUGGAGAUUGGGCUCUGAAGACGGCCUGACGCUGGUAGGAGCUCUUGGCCAGCUGCUAAACGUGGGUGCCAACUUGAUACCAUGCCCCUUUUAGCCAGCGAGCUGGGUUUCGGCUUUUCCCAGGCCGUGCAUCCUUUAAUUUAUUUGAGAGAAGCUCUAAUUGUAUGUUCACUGCAGUGUCUUGUAUUUUUAUUUGUGAUUUAUGAAAUGUGAAGAGAAAAUGCAGAGACCACACUGGCUCCAGGGUUUCUCCGGCCCCUGCUCUAGAGCUAACCACUCUAAGAUUGUUUGGUAAUGUCACUUAGUGUAAUUAAUUGUAACAUAUUCUUUUAAAUAAAUUGAUUUAUUGAUGAAACAA